AAUCGCAGCGUUUACAGCCAGUGACUGCGUAACAGAAAUAUGUUCUUUGUCGGUUUAUUGCUUCUGCUUCUCGUCGCCGACUUUGGCGCAUCGCAAUACGCUGCAAAUGUCGACAGUCUCACGACGUCCAUAGCCGGUCUGGAACAACUGAUCGAGACGGAGGCUUAUUUGAUUCAAAAUUUGGAAAGCUACGCCAAAGAACUGGAAGAAAAGUUACUCGUCAUUCGCAGUUUGAUUACUAACCUUCGUGCAGAGAAUGAGAAGGCACAGAAGAAUACUGGCUACUACGUGUCCAUACCUACAAAUGUAUUAUCUUUGGUACGCCGAUUGCAGAAGGACUGGACUUAUUUGGACAUUUAUAUGAAACAAAGCGUUGGUCAAGAACAAACUGAAGCUCUACACGGGUAUUGGUCCCAUUUGCCAACGGAAAACGAUUGGGGCGAAGCGGUAAACGCAAUUAGUCGACUACAAGACACAUACGAACUCAAAACUGAAGACCUCAUCAAGGGUAUAAUUAAUGGCAAAAAGUAUGACACAAAAUUGUCGGCACUCGACUGCUACGCAAUAGGUUUCGAGCUCUUCGGUAGAAAAGACUAUAUAGGCGCUGGAUUUUGGCUUUAUUCCGCAAUCAGUUCGUACGAAGAGAAUGCCUUGUUCAGACUUCAUGACUUGAGCAGAGAAAAAGUUAUGGAGCUGUAUGCCGAAACUCUUCUGAAACAAAGUCGCUAUCAGGAUGCUUUGACAAUGAUGAAUUUGGUAUUGAGUUUACCAUCGUCAAAGCCUAAUUCGGAGCUCCAGCGUCGGAAAAAUGCCGUGGAAUUGUACAUUAAAACCAACGAUCCACAGCCAAUAAUGCACACGAAAAGCCCGCCAACUGGUUAUCAACUUGGCUGCCGUGGGGCAUUUUCGAAUCAGCUAACGAAACUCUAUUGUGUCUACAACACGACCACCACAGCUUUUCUUAAAUUGGCGCCCUUGAAAAUGGAAAUCCUCAGCCUUGAUCCCUACUUGGUUAUUUUCCACGACGUUAUGAAUGAAGAGGAAAUCGCAACGCUUCAGCGUAUGGCCCAACCGGUUUUGAGACGUGCUACCGUGUAUAGCGAAGAACGCAAACUGAGUGAGGUUGUUGCCGGUCGCACCUCCAAAUUUGCGUGGUUCUACGAUGGUACAAAUGAGGUUACAACGCGCGUUAAUAAACGUAUUGAAGAUAUGACUGGAUUUGAACUUGAAGGCUCGGAAAUGUUACAAGUGAUGAAUUAUGGACUUGGUGGACACUAUGCUACACAUUUCGAUUUCUUCAAUGUCUCCAUGACGGCUGAUAUUGUGGCGAUGCAAGGUGACCGUAAGGCAACGGUACUCUUUUACAUGACUGAUGUAGAGCAAGGUGGCGCGACUGUGUUUCCAAACAUAAAAACUGCGGUCUUCCCGAAAAAAGGCACCGCUGUCGUGUGGUAUAAUCUCAACAAUCGGUUCGAAGGUGAUUCUAAAACUCUGCAUGCCGGUUGCCCUGUGAUAGUUGGCUCUAAGUGGGUGACCAAUAAAUGGAUACGUGAACGAAACCAAAUGUUCCGACUGCCCUGUUAUAAAGAAUAAUUUUUAUUAAAAAUCCU